AGGCAGAUUUCGAACGUGUUGAUACUUAGUAUGGCCUCCUAUUCCUCGGACACUUAGAAAGCAUGAACUAUCGCAUGCACUUUGGAUGCCGCAUGAAAAAAAUCUCGAUUGCGGUGAUAUAAGAACAUUGUCGCCGAUUCUAAGCUGUUACACAAUCCAGGUGUUCGAAAGAGAGCCUAAGACAUCAAUUGUCUUCCAUGUUAGAAGUUAUCCGAAGCACCUAGCUAUACCAUAGUCAAUUCUAUGUGUAUGGAAGUCAUGUAAAUGUCUUCUCGGAAAUCGAGUAUAAAUAGCAGCCUGUAAGUCCCACCCAGAUCAACAUAUCGGUCUCCAAAAACCAAAGAAACUAACUAGAUUUGUUUCCAAACUGACUCAUUCGAAUCUGUACCUAUCUCAUUAUCCCAAAGAUUAUGGAAACCAUGGCUUCUUCCAGAACAACAGAACGACCGUCCGAACCUGAAAAAGAUAUUAACGGUAGGAAUAUCAAACACUGCCGGGCUCCCGAAUACGCCCCUUUCGGAGACUACCAGAACCCGGUCCUGUACAAGAACGCGUACGAACCCCGCGCUCUACUUAACUACACCGUCGCCGCCUUCCACGACCGGUCGGACGUCGAACUAAGCGAGCGACAGCUUGAAGCACGCAAAGCAUUUGUGGACCAUUUUAAGGAGCGGAAGGCGGCCUACGGGAUCAAGGUAAGGACUGCGGGACCACUGAAAAGCUUCCAAGACGAUGUCCUGCGAUUUUUCGAGUACAUUGAUGUUUUUUUCUUCUUCGGACUGCUGUGGGAAGACGUCCAUAUCAAGAGCGGUCUUCAAAUUGUAGGAAGGCCCCUAAAAGGUCUCGUUGACACGACCACGGGAAUGACGUACGCUUGUACGGAGCGCGAUCCCGCGUAUAUUCAGAUCGAUAUGAAUAUCGGGUCCUACUCUAGCUUAUAUCAGCUUGGUUUUGUUAUAGGCAUCCUCUUGCACGAGAUGGUGCACGCGUACCUCAUGAUCUACGGAUGCGAUUGCUUGAGCUGCGACAAGAACGCGCUGAACACGGUAGGCGUCGACCACCACGGGCCUAUCUUCCUAAUGCUUCACCGCCUCAUUUUAACGGAGCUCAGACGGUGGGGUGUUAUAAGCGGCGACGAGGAUUUGGCGCUCCUGGAGGUUGCGGAUUGUCCAGGGGAUUCUAUGAGCCUUGAAGCGAGAGAACAAAAUAGCUACGCUAUGGCCGAAAUGGAGAUAGCUGAGGAGACAUGGGCUCGUAGACAGCAGAACCCUAAUUACAUUAUUCGCUUCAGCAGCAACGGGGAGGGGGUAGUCGUUGAUCAUUCACGUCUCAGGGAUGGGCAGAUCAAGAUGGAGAACUAUCUCCGGUCUCGGUGGGAGGCUGAGUCGACUUUUAUGUAGGAUAGGCCGAAAUGGGAGAUGGAGGAUGACGGUGCUGAUGAUUCCUCCCACCUUUUCUCUUUUUCUUCUGAUGGUUAUGUUGCUGAUGAUGAGAAUGAGGAAGAUGAGGAGGAGGAGGAGGAAGAUGAUUAUGCCUGGGGAAUGGGUGGUCUCUUCUCGGUCAGUGGCUCACAUUGGCCUUUCAUUCCUGGACCCUCCUAUCCGUCUAUCAGAUAGGCAAAAGGUAAUUCCUUCUCAUAAGACCAAAGUGGUCUGAGCCGAUGCCAUCUCUCUUGAGGAAAAUAGCGAAGGGGCAGGAGUCAGGUGUAGUUAGGGUCUCUUUUUCGACAAAGUACAAAUUUAUGCUUACCUAGCUUAAAUUUAACGCAUAGGCAGAUAAGGAGUAAAGGUCCAUAGUAUUAAGCCUUGAAUAAACGUCCA